CUGCUAUUUAACCAUUGCACUCGCCACCAUCCUGGAUCAGGCAGCAGUAUAUCAGCUGGAAUCGCAACUUGCGGAGGAGUGAGCAGGCCACACUCCUCCAGUCCUACUCGAUCACUAGUUCACUGAGAAGAGAGAGAGAGAGAGAGAAAAAUGGAUCCUACCAAGUUCCGGCCGUCGAGCAGCUUCGACACCAAGGUGACGACGACGAACGCCGGCGCGCCGGUGUGGAACGACAACGAGGCGCUGACGGUGGGGUCCCGCGGCCCCAUCCUGCUGGAGGACUACCACCUCAUCGAGAAGAUCGCGCACUUCGCGCGCGAGCGCAUCCCGGAGCGCGUCGUCCACGCCCGCGGCGCCUCCGCCAAGGGCUUCUUCGAGUGCACCCACGACGUGUCCGCCCUCACCUGCGCCGACUUCCUCCGCUCCCCGGGCGUGCGCACGCCGGUCAUCGUGCGCUUCUCCACCGUCAUCCACGAGCGCGGCAGCCCCGAGACGAUCCGCGACCCGCGCGGGUUCGCCGUCAAGUUCUACACGCGGGAGGGCAACUGGGACCUGCUCGGCAACAACUUCCCCGUCUUCUUCAUCCGCGACGGCAUCAAGUUCCCCGACGUGAUCCACGCGUUCAAGCCCAACCCGCGGUCGCACGUGCAGGAGUACUGGCGCGUCUUCGACUUCCUGUCGCACCACCCGGAGAGCCUGCACACCUUCUUCUUCCUCUUCGACGACGUGGGCGUGCCCACGGACUACCGCCACAUGGAGGGCUUCGGCGUCAACACCUACACCUUCGUCAACGCCGCCGGCAAGGCGAACUACGUCAAGUUCCACUGGAAGCCCACCUGCGGCGUGCGGUCCAUCCUGACGGACGACGAGGCGGCGCUGGUCGGCGGGCGGAACCACAGCCACGCCACGCAGGACCUGUACGACUCCAUCGCCGCCGGCAACUAUCCGGAGUGGAAGCUGUUCGUGCAGGUGAUCGACCCGGACACGGAGGAGCAGUUGGACUUCGACCCGCUGGACGACACCAAGACGUGGCCGGAGGACCUGCUGCCGCUGCAGCCCGUGGGGCGGCUGGUGCUGGACCGGAACGUGGACAACUUCUUCAACGAGAACGAGCAGCUGGCGUUCGGGCCGGGGCUGGUCGUCCCCGGGAUCUACUACUCCGACGACAAGAUGCUGCAGUGCCGGGUGUUCGCGUACGCGGACACGCAGCGCUACAGGCUGGGGCCCAACUACCUGAUGCUGCCCGUGAACGCCCCCAAGUGCGCGCACCACAACAACCAUUACGACGGCGCCAUGAACUUCAUGCACCGGGACGAGGAGGUGGACUACUUCCCAUCCAGGCACGCGCCGCUGCGCCACGCGCCGCCCGUGCCGGUGACGGCGAGGCCCGUCGUGGGGAAGCGGGGGAAGGUCACCAUCCGGAAGCAGAACGACUUCAAGCAGCCCGGGGAGAGGUACCGGUCCUGGGACGCCGACAGGCAGGAGCGCUUCGUGCGCCGCUUCGCCGACGCGCUGGCGCACCCCAAGGUCAGCCAGGAGCUGCGCUCCAUCUGGAUCGACUUCCUCUCCCAGUGCGACACAUCACUGGGGAUGAAGGUUGCCAACCGCCUCAACGUGAAGCCAAGCAUGUGAAGCCAAUCGCAGCAGCAGCAGCAAUAAGACGGAUCCAACCGGCCAGUGUGUUGAUUACGUUGUGUAUCCUGGUUUCUUCUUCUUAGCUAUAUAUCAAGCAAAUUACCAAGCAGGGAACCAUCAUCCAAUCUUUCCUUGCAUGUACCUUAUAUAUCUGCAGAUUGCAUGUAUCGAGCUCCUGGAGCAUGUACACUGAUGCAAUGCUGUAAUAUUAAUGGCAACAAAUUAAAUCUAAAUCUUCCCAGAAGAUGGCUAUAUUCAGAGCUA